CUGUCAUCUCUUCUAUAUCUCACAGACAGUGAGCUGGGACCAUCCUCAUAUUAUGGAGUGACUGGUGGGACAUUGAGGAGACACUACUGUUGGCGGAUCAGUCACCAUGACGCUCCCAUCCUGUCUGCUCCUGUUCACAGCCGUUUUCAUCCAGGUUUGUCAGAAGUCACCAGAACCAGGUAUCGGGCGAUUAAGACUAUCAGUCCUUGCUGAAGAUAGACUACAGAUGAAAUGGAGGGAGGCAGAAGGACUCAGCAAUGGCUACAAGGUCCUAGUUAGACCACUUACAGGGGACCCAGAGCAAGAGGUAAUGCUGAAAACCAAGACCCCCAAAGUGACAGUAGGUGGCCUGGAUCCUGGAAAGGAAUAUAUUCUCCAGAUACAUGUGAUUCAAGGCGAGAACGACAUUCUGAUAGCAAAGAAGAGAUUUAUCAUAGAUGAUUUGAAAGCUCAAUUCAAGACUGAUAAGAAGAAACCAGAAAUAACUCCAACCCUGAGGACCCAUGAGAUGGAAUCGUCCCCAUCUGUAAGGAACAGCACAUCUCAGACAGAGAGACCAACAGAAAGUUAUCACCCAGUCACCCUGAGUACCAGACCACAUGGGCCUGGUCCUGAUAUAAAAAGAUAUGGCUCUGAAAAUGCAACCAUGUUGCCUAAGAUUUCCUCCAAAAUGGAAAGAGAUGUUUCUGCUACAUCUGGUACCCAGCAAAGAGGAUCAAUGCACCACUGUGACACUGCACUUGAGUGGGACAUCAUUUUACUGGUUGAUAGUUCAUGGAGUGUAGGACGCACUAACUUCAGGCUUGUGAAAAACUUUCUCUGGGGAAUACUUAGCCCCCUCCACAUUUCCCGUGACAAGAUUCGCAUUGGGCUUUCUCAGUACAGCAGAGAGCCACAAACAGAGUGGGACUUGAAUACAUAUUCUUCCAAAUCUGAAGUCUUAGAUGCCAUUAAAAGAGUGAAAUACAAAGGAGGCAACACAUUUACUGGUAUGGCACUUAUCCAUGUCUUGGAGGAAAAUCUCAGAGCAGCUUCGGGGGCCCGGUCCUUGGCAGGGAAGGUAUUAAUCCUACUGACAGAUGGGAAGUCACAGGAUGAUGCAAUUACAGUUUCAAAAAGUCUCAAACAAUCGGGAAUUUAUAUAUUUGCCAUUGGUGUUAAGAAUGCUGAUGAAUCUGAGUUGAGACAAAUAGCAUCAGAGCCAACAGAGCUGACUCUACAUAUGGUACCUGACUUCCCAAUGCUAAGCUCCUUGGUGGGAGAUGUGUCUCGAGCUCUCUGCAUGAGACUGAAGGAGAGGAGGAGGGAAGCAGAUCUUGGGUCUUGGAAUGUUGCUGGAACAGGGUUGCUUGACCCUCAUCCCAGCCCUACACAGCUUGUGGUCUCAGAUGUAACAGCUAAGAGCAUGCGUGUCUCCUGGACUCCUCCUCAACAGCCUGUCAAGAAGUAUCGUAUAGUUUACUAUCCAUCACGAGGAGGAACUCCUCAAGAGGUAGUACUAGAUGGAGACUCUUCUUCUGCUGUUCUGGUGAACUUAACGUCUCGUACAGACUACCUGGUGUCUGUGUUCCCCAUCUAUAUCAGUGGUGUGGGUGCAGGGCUUCGUGGAAUCACCUCAACCUUGCCACUGACAGCUCCCCGUGCUCUCUCUGCGGAUCAAGUGACAGACUCAUCCAUGCAGUUACACUGGCAGCCAUCGGAGGGAGCCACACACUACCUGGUGACCUACUCUGCAGAGACUGAUCAGGGUUUGGAGGUGACAGAGAAUAAGGUGGAAGACACAAAGUUCUCUCUGUCUGGGUUAUGGCCUAGGACCCUGUAUAGUGUAACUGCGGUGGCGGUGUCUGGGCAGGAGUCCAGUGACCCUGUCACAAUUCAGCAGAGGACAGAACCAGUACCCCGAAACCUAGACUUCACAAAUGUCACACACAGCUCUGUCACUGUCAAAUGGGAAAAGAUGCCCGACGAUGGACCGAUCCAGCAUGUGUCAUAUACCCCUCACACAGAUGGUGCUCAGCAUGGAGAGAUUGAAGUAUCUGAUGGAAGCUCCUCUGUGACCUUGAAGUCGUUGACCUCGCAGACUCUCUACACUGUCACGGUCACUUUCCAACACAGAGGUUCAAAGACCUUGACUAUACUGACUGGAAACAUCACAACGUUGAAAGUUCCGCCCCCUAGAGGUCUGAAAGUAGUAGAUCUUUCUGGCGACAAAGCUACUGUAUCAUGGGAUCCAGGAGCAGACAAUGUGACUUCCUAUAUAAUCAAGUGGAUUCCACUGAGUGGAGGAAGACUAAACCAGAUGUCCACCGUUGGCAGUGAGCAAACAGCUGUGCUGUAUGAUAUGGAGUAUAGUACAGAAUACCAGGUAUCAAUAUCUGCACGGUACAUGGAUGGAUCUCAGAGCGAUGCAUCUUCUGUACGCUACAAUACAGGAGAAAAUCUGAGGAAGAUGCCUAUAGCCCGUGGUGGAUUCACACUGAGCCGUGCAAACGAUUUGUGUCCACUGAUCGAAGACAAAGGAAUGGGCAACGCUUUUCAUGGGUACAAUAUGAUGGCGGUAUUUGGCUUGGAUGAGAACAAUUACUCUUCCAUUAGAGGGGUAUCCCUCAACACCUUUGUUUUAGGGGGUUCCAGGAUUUAUUCAAUUGCUGAGAAUAUCCAGCUGACCUUAUGGACCAGAGAAGUACAUCCCAAUGGACUUCCCCCAGAACACAGCCUGAGCUUCCUUCUUCGCUUGCCACCAAAUGCGGCCCAGGAACCCUUUGCUGUGUGGCAGAUAACAGAUGAAGAUUUUCAGCCUGUCUUGGGGAUUAUCUUGGACCCAACUAAGCAGUCUCUGACAUAUUUCCACCCUGACAAUGAGGGUAAAUUGCAUGAGGUGACCUUUGAUCAAGAAGACAUAAAGAAGAUCUUCUAUGGAAGUUUCCAUAAGGUACAAUUAGCUAUUAACAGAGGGAAUGUCAAGCUCCAUGUGGAUUGUCAGAAGGUGGCAGAAAAGACAGUCAAAACUAUGGGGAAGUUGACCACCUUAGGGUUUGAGAUGUUGGGCAAACUAACAAGAACUCGAGGUCCAAGGAGUGGUUCCUCAGCACUGGAGCUCCAGUCAUUCCUCAUAUUCUGCACUUCUGAGAUUCCAGUAGGAGACAGGUGCUGUGAUGUUCCAGCUAAGAGGGAUAAGGACAGCUGUCCAGCUCCACCUUCUGCCUGCAUCUGCACCUCAGAUGUUCAAGGACCCCCGGGGCCCCCUGGACUUCCUGGACCACCAGGUCCUCGAGGAUCCAAAGGGGAGCAGGGUGAAGAGGGACCAAUGGGUGAAGCUGGAGUAGCUGGACAGAUGGGUCCAGAGGGUGUUGGAGGGCGAAUGGGAUCUCCUGGAGCUCGUGGGAUGAUGGUUUCUGGACCAAUGGGCCCUCCGGGUAUGAAAGGAGACAAGGGGGACACAGGAAGUCCUGGACUGCAGGGUCCCCCUGGUCUGGAGGGCAUCCCAGGAAGAGAUGGGAUGAUGGGACCCAAGGGUAUACGAGGUGUGGAGGGGAUAUCUGGAAUGCCAGGACCAUCAGGGCCUCGGGGCAUACAAGGACUUCAUGGUCUCAAAGGCAACCCUGGUGAUAGGGGUCCAGUUGGUGAUGUUGGGCCCACGGGUCUUCCUGGAACCCGUGGAGAGAAGGGAGAGAAGGGGGAACCUCAGGCCAUUGCAACAAUUUACCACUUGGUGCAUCAGGUGUGCGAGAGGCUAAUUCAAGCUCAUUUGAUAAAGCUGGACGCGGUGCUUAGAGAACAAGAUAUACAGCCUGUUCCUGUGUGGGAUACCGAAUUAAAAAUGGGGGAACCAGGGCCACCAGGACCCCCAGGGCCACCAGGGCAACAAGGAGAACCAGGUGUUAAUGGGGCAUCAGGACAACCGGCUAAAAACGGAUAUCCAGGAGAAAGAGGUCACAAAGGAUCUCAAGGAGAGAAGGGUGCUCCAGGGCAAGGGAAAGAAGGACCCUCAGGACCUCCAGGUGCAAUUGGUCCACCAGGAAUAGAAAGUUUUGGAAAUCGUGGCCCUAUAGGUUCUCCUGGGGUUCCUGGUCCUCCUGGAGCUUCUGGGAUUUCUGGCCAUCAUGGAACUCCUGGAGUAACAGGAGACUGUCAUUCAUCACCAUGUUUUCCAGUUGCUCAAGAUCCGAACAUCAUUCCCUGAGCCUACUGUAAACCUACUAUCAAGAAGAUCUAGCAUCUACUAUCAAGAAGAUCUAUCAAGAAGAUCUAGCAGGGACCAAGAAACCUUUCUUGAUGUUGGGAGUACAAUCUUCAUUUGGAUUUUUACUAUAAAUCAUGACCUGUUUUGGUUUCAGGUCAAUGGACUACAACUGACAUGAAAAUAGGAUCAAGGGAUCAUCUACAGUAUUGUGACCAAAGAAAUGUUAGAUCUGUGUUUUAGUUAUACAACCUUAUAAACACAUGGCUGCUUUCUUCCAAAAAGAGCACCACAUCUGUCCUUUGGGCUGUGUGAGGUAUUUCAUCUCCGCUCCACUGAAGUGAAUGGGGCAGAGUUGAAAUACCACACAAGUUCUGGACAGGCCUGGUGCUGUUUUGUGAAAAAAACAGCUAUGUUUUUGUAGUUCUGUAGAACUCCUUUAAGAAAAGGAGGAUGUUUCUUCUAUAUGUACAGGAGUAUUGAUGACCUCCUACUUUCUUACAUUAUAUUAUGCCUCUAUAUACACAUUUCUAUCUUGUACUCAUUAAUGUCUUCAUGAACAGCAGUGAUGGUGACCUACGGCACUUAAACCUCUAGCAUUCAUUAUGUUACUAUUAUAGUAAUAUUACUUCUAAAUUCCCAGGACAUUUCAUGGGUGACAAAUGGCAAAUUCUCACAAUUGAGUGGUAGUUUGUGGAUCGAAGGCAAACUAAUGUUUCUAGACCAUGACUUUGUAGUUUUAGACAACGCCUUUAAAUUUGUGCAAAUAGGGAUAGAUUUUCAUAUUUUCCUGAUAUAGCGUCACUCUUAUACAUGUAUAAUAUGGUAUUGAUGAUCUGUCUCAUUCACAAGUUAAAGGUGCCCAUAAUCAGUCUAAAGUUGAUUAAAACGUUAAUUCAACUGAAA